GGUCAAUGUUAUUUGGUGCUGCUGGAGUCUGGUGCAAGGUGGAGUAGCGCGCGAGUGCUUGACAGCUGCCGUCCCUCACUUCGAGAACUGUUGUGUCCGCCCUUCUCGUCCGCAAGACUGUGUUGGCUGGGUGAUCAUGGCGUUGAGCUGUCUGCAAGUAACGUGUGCUGCCGCUGUUGCUGUAAUCUUCCUCUCCAGUGUCGCUGCUGAAGGUUGCAGUGACAGGAACCCUAAGUGUUUCCAGUGGGCCAUGCUCGGCGAGUGUAUUAAGAACCGCGGCUACAUGCACGUCCACUGCGCCGAGUCGUGUCACCAAUGCGUCGUGCAAGACGAAGCAUGCCAAGACUAUAACGAGCAGUGCCCCGCCUGGGCCAACAACAACGAGUGCAAGAAAAACUACUCGUACAUGCGCGCCACGUGUGCCCGGGCGUGCAGCUUCUGCGUGCCGGCCAACGACCACAGCGUGCCGCACCUCCACGCCAACGUGGUGGACAGCCACUGGGACAAGUUCAACAGUCUCCACCCCGACAUGCCGCCCAGACACGGGUAGGCGCUGACGCGGGGAGGAAAGGGCGACUGUUUCGUUGUUUCACCAUAAAAGCUUCGAGUCAGUGUUCCCGCCGCAGUUCCUCCUGCAAAGCAAGACUGUGUUAAGCUUGUCUGUGUUAUUCAACCCUUUCUCGAGAGUGGCUGAUUAUAUAAACCUUCCAUUGUGUUUUCCAUGUGUUCCAUAGAAAACAUAAUAAUGGAAUCUGAUCCUCAACGAUAUAGGGACAAACAGUGAACCGUGAACGAAACCUUUUGAAUACCGAGUCGUGAUAAAUUUAUUCAACCCCCAGAUCGUAAUUCCAGUUUAUUGGAAAUUAUAUUCUUAGCCCAAACACAUAAAGGGCACAAAGUAAUAGGAAGGAAACUUUUAUAUUUUGUGAAGUGUGUCAGAGAAAGGCAAUUGGUCACACGCUGUUUUUCCUUAUUAUAAUCAUCCUCAUUGUAAUAACUGUAAUCAUCAUCACCCCUGUUACCAACAUCAUCAUUAGUCUUAGGUCGAGUCAACCUGUGUCAAUGAUGGAGAAAUAUUCACCAUUUUUAUUUUAAGGAGAGUGUGAUGGAAGGAAAAGACAAAGGUGCAUUUGAAGCUGUAGGCAUAUCAUUGAUUGUAAAUGGUAACCUACUGUGUGUGUGUGUGUGUGUGUGUGUGUGUGUGUGUGUGUGUGUGCAUGACGGAUUCAUCUCUAGCUGUAACCUGCAUGAUGUUCCCUGACUGCUGCCAUGACCUUUUCCUCACAAUUGCACUCGCUCGUGAUACAAGUCCUGCAAUAUACCCGACAAUAUACUCGCUCCAUGCACCUCCACGCUAAAUUGUAUUCCAUUAUACUAUAUCCAUGUGAACUUCUGCAACUGGGAAAUGAUAUGUUAUCACGAUCCCGUUCUUCCACUGUGGACAUCAAGCAAGACAAGGCAUUAUAUUGGCAUGAUACUAUAUUUAUUACAACAAAAUAAUGUACUCAUACACAUAAACACAAUAUUUAACAUGGUGUGCAGAAUUAUGAAUCUAUUUUAUAAUAAAACUAAAUGUGGAUACAAAUUAGCUUGUUUG